CUGCCCCCCCCCAUCUCUCGCAUUUAAACUCUCCCGUUGCGCGACGCUACGAACAUUGGAAAACAAAACCGAAACAUCAAAGUUUAGUAGUUGUUGUUGUUGAGCUUUUGUUGUUGUUGCUUUUGCUCCUCGCACUGAACUCGGCCACAACGAAGGAGGACGUUCGCGUGGCCGCGUGAACUUUUAUUGUUUUAGGGUUUUUAUUUUGUUAAGGGAGCGCGAGAUGGAAGUGAUUGCUGGUGACCGAGCACGCGGAUAUCGCGCGUGAAGUUUAUUUCCGUUGUUUGCGCUGCUAAGAUCGCGUGUUAAAGUGUGUGACUCACUGUGAAGAGCACACACACACACGUCUUCCUCGUCAUCAUUGCUGCCUGCGACAGCAAACACGAGCUGAGGCUGAGGCUACACGACGUGGCAUCAAGAGCAAACAACCUACAUCCGCGACAUCAACAACCACUCCCAUCGACAUCAACAACCAAUCAAUACAUCAACAACAUCGUACAGCAACCACCACAUCAUCGAUAGCAACCACCAAUAAAUAUAUCAACAACAUCGUACAGCAGCAAGUCGCUACCAUCGACAUCAAGAACCCCAUCGAGAACGUAGGCAGCAACAACAACCACUCCCAUCAACAUCAUCAACAGCAACAACCAAUAAAUACAUCAACAACAUCGACAGCAAACAACAACAUCAACAACAUCGACAGGAAACAACCACAACAACCACAACAAUAUCGGCAGCCACAGAGCCGCAGCUGAAGGGGUCCGUGCGACCAGUUCGUGUCAGGGUCUCUGGCUGGUCGCCUGAGUAAGAAGAAGUGACUGGUCACUCAGUAAACAACAACAACAAGGACAACAACAACAAGGAGUUGUUGUUUAUCUCAGCACAUCGACAGCCAACAAGAACUUCAUCUCCUUCAAGACGGACUCCUUGCCACGUCUAUUGCGAAACCAGCUGCUGCUGCAAGUGGCUGGAGCUGUCUGGAGGCAUGGCAGCUUCGGGAGGCCCCCAGCAAUGCGUGUCGCGUGUUCAGCUCACCAUUUCGUGCCGCAGCCUCCUGGACCGAGACAUGCUCACCAAGUCCGACCCCUUCUGCGUGCUCUUCAUCGAGUGCGACAAGCAGUGGAUGGAGGUGGCACGCACCGAGACCAUCAAGAACACGCUAUGCCCAGACUUUUCCCGCAAGCUCGUCAUGGAGUACCGCUUCGAGGAGGUGCAGAAGCUCAAGUUCGCGCUGUUUGAUGAGGAUGCGCCCUCCGCCAAGCUGGCUGACCACGACUUCCUGGGCGAGAUUACCAGCACCCUGGGGCAGAUAGUAUCGCACAGAACGUUGACACGUCCACUGCUGAUGCAAGAUGACAGACCUGCUGGCCGAGGCACGAUCACGAUAUCGGCCGAGGAAAUCACGGACAACAGAAUAAUCACCCUCAGCAUGGCGGGGCGCAAGCUGGACAAAAUGGACCUCUUUGGAAAAUCAGACCCAUAUCUUGAGAUUUACAAGCAGAGCCCGGAUGGCACCUGGAUGCUGGUGCACAGAACCGAAGUGGUGAGGAACACUCUGGACCCGACAUGGAAGCCAUUCACCCUCCACCUGCAGGUGCUCUGCAAUGGGGACCUGGAGAAGAACAUCAAGGUCGUGUGCUACGACUGGGACCGGCACGGUAGCCCUGACCUCAUCGGCGAGUUCUACACCAACAUCAUUCGCCUCAAGGAGGCCUCCGGCAGCAUGGAGGUGGAGUUUGAGUGCAUUAACAACAAGAAGAAACAAAAAAAGAAGAGCUACAAAAACUCAGGCAUCAUCAUCUGCAAGUCGUGCAAGAUAUCGCGUGACUACACCUUCCUGGAUUACAUCUUUGGAGGGUGCCAACUUCAUUUCACGGUGGGCAUAGACUUCACGGCGUCCAACGGAAACCCACGGGACGCAUCCUCGCUGCACUACAUCAGCCCCACGGGCAUGAACGAUUACCUGGCUGCCAUCUGGGCCGUGGGCCAGAUCAUCCAGGACUACGACACGGACAAGCUUUUCCCAGCAUUGGGUUUUGGUGCUCAGCUUCCUCCCGACUGGAAGGUGCACCAUGACUUUGCGCUGAAUUUUAACCCAUCCAACCCUUUCUGCACAGGCAUCGAGGGAAUCGUUGCCGCGUACCACUUCUGCCUGCAGAACAUCCGCCUAUAUGGCCCUACAAACUUCUCUCCCAUCAUCAACCACGUGGCCAGCUUUGCGCACACGGCCAGCGGGAGUGCCUCCGCCUCGGAGUACUACGUGCUGUUGAUCAUCACGGACGGCGUGAUCAGCGACAUGGAGGCAACGCGCGAAGCCAUCGUGAAGGCAUCGCGCCUCCCCAUGUCCGUCAUCAUCGUGGGUGUCGGCAACGCCGACUUUGAGGCCAUGGAGGUGCUCGACUCGGACGACCGCGUGCUCACGGCGCCUUCCGGCGAGGCGGCUGCCCGCGACAUCGUGCAAUUCGUGCCCUUUCGCCAGUUCCGCUACGCCGCCAAGGAGGAACUGGCCAAGAGCGUCCUGGCCGAGCUCCCCGGUCAAGUGGUGCAGUACUUCCGUCAGAGGAACCUGUCGCCGGUCAACUCGACGCACACCGACUGAUCCUGUCCCAAGGAACCUCACCAUCUGCUGGGAGACUCGAUGUGGCCUGUGCUCUUGCCAAUUCACUCAACAACCUGAUUUUUCCUGGAACCGUGCGGUGGAAACAACCAAAACGAAAAAGUGUUAUCCUUGUUAUAAUAUUUGGUACUUUUUAUGUCGCUAUUUUAUAUGUUCGAGCCGUUAAUUUUAGUUUUGCACCUCCGAAUUUUUUUUAUCGUCACAGUCGCGACGAUCUUCAGCGUUUGCCCCAGCACUGGGCUCAAGGCCAUAAAUAUUUCAAUCAUGCUUCGUCCCGUAACACUGAGGGAUGUAACCGCCCAUGCUUUAAUGACGUCGCUCAUAUUUGUAGGUACAGCUUUUUCUUGUCUCCACUGAUAAAUAAACAGUUCUCCAGAUUUUAUUUAAUUUUAGUUUUAUUGUUUUGCUGUCACAGCUGCCCUCUCUCCACUGAACGCGGUUGGCCUGCUGCCCCCUUCUCGCCCCCACCUGUAAUAUUUGCUGUUCCCAGUAAUGCAGGUGUUGGGGGAAGGUUGCAGCAUGUUAACGAUUACUGUAAUUUGUUCUUAACUACGCCGGAGUAUCAAUGGCAUCAGUGGAGAUGAGGGGGGAUAUUCACACAUUCUGAACUCAAUGCCAAACAAGGAUGUUGGUGUCUGGGGGAGAAAACCAACACUGGAGGUGUCGUCAGGAACACCGCGUGGUGGUUCACCACUUCCAGUGGUGUCUUUCCUCGCCGUGACUGCCCUUUGUCCGUACGCGAUCUAGCGCGCGGUGUGACGUUUAACGGUGCCGCCGUGAAAACUCUGCUCAAUUUGUGACGGGAGGACGACUCCGACAAAAGUGUUUAGGCGAUCUCACACGCGCCUUAGUUGCUUAACUCCUGCUAAUGAACGGGUGCCGCUUGAACGCAAGCUGCGCGAUGGAAUCAUUGAGCCACUUUCACAAGAGCGAAUCGGUAAGGCUUUGCUGUUAGCCGGCGUUGUCAAUCGCCGUUUGAUUUGAGAUGUGGGGGGCCAGUGACAACAUCGGGUUUUACCCGUCGUCUGCGCCUCGCCGCGGGUGCUGUGUGAGAAUGAUGAGUGCCGUGUAAAUGUCACUCGAAUGUAAAAUGUUUCAUUUACGCUAGAUUGUUUCUGUCAUGUACUUGUAUUGUUAAUAAUGUAAUUUUUGUAAGCGCUCUGUCAAGUGUAACUUUAAAUCAGUAGGCUCGGCAUUGUCGCGCUGAAUGGUUCGUGACGGUAGCGUCGGUUGCUAAUGAUGACCCUUUGUAUAUCAUAACGAGAAUAUAUGUAACAAUUACUAUGCUUGGUUGUAAAAAGCAUUUUAUUUCGUUUUUUAACGCGAGGAAUUCCAUUCGCUUUUUUACGUACUGCAGUUGAUGAGGAAAUUGGGUUCAAGUGAGUUAACGAGACCAACAUUUUUCGUCCUGUUUUGCUUAAUGCAGUCGGUCAGCGUCAGCGCCUGACCUCCGCUAAUGGAAACGUUCAACAACGUGGCAAGACAGGUCGGGCUGGGUCGAGCGUAGCAGCCGCUUUGUUCUGCGUUGACGCUGCAUGCAGGACAGCCUCCUGCCGAAUGUUGGAGGCUACACAAGGGUUUGUCAUCGCUCCCGCUGAGUUUAAAAAUAGUCCGAGUGAUUGAUGCUCCAGGCGGCGGCCCUGGGUUCGCUCCACUGUGAUCAUUUUCAAAAGUGUAAAUUGCGCACGUGCGUGCAGACCAAAUGCGACAGCGUCCUCAACGUCCGUACGCAAGUGUGUGCCAUCAUCGUUAUGCAUGAGCUGUACUUUUUUUUCAUUGUGUCAUCAUCAUGCUGGUCUUAAUUGUAUCACGAGAAAAAGAGAGACGAAAAUGGACCUGAAUUACAUUUUUUUUAUUCUGUACAGUCACACACACACAUUGUGGCCAAUGUAAUGUUCAGCCAAAGCAUGCCUUUGUUGACAUUCAAAGCAGCAGCAGCAAUGAAUGGCAUGAGACUCGCCACUCGAAAAUGUUUUGUACAAAUGCCGCCAAGUCGUGGCCUCUAUCGAGCAGUGUUCUUUAUUUCCCUUUGUCUUUAUGCAAUGGGAUCUUGCUUUGUUCCGAAGUUGUGAUCGAAAGUUGAGUAAGACACCAAUUUGCUGAAAUAGAAAAGAAUCGGAACGUAAAAAAUGGUUUAAAAAACACCAAUAAAAAAAUGUUAACUGACAUUUACGUUCAUAAUCAAUUUUAAUCUUUAUACGCCAAGAAAGGCUUUUUCCAACAAUGUUUACAGUGGUGAGGUGUUUUGUUCCUUUAUUAAAGUUCUUUGGCAAAAAUG